UAUUAUAAAUUCAACCUCCUGCACUUUCGGAACGACUCAACUGGACCCGACGAAUGCCGAGGUUUUAACACUACAAAUUAAUGGAUACAUCUCGCUCCCAAAACCCUAAUCACCUAAAACCCUCCGACGAGCCUGACCACGAUCUUUAUACAAUCCCUAGUUACACAAGUUGGUUUUCUUGGCAAAGCAUACACGAAGUAGAGAGGCUAUCAUUGCGAGAAUUCUUCGAUGGCAGUUCAAUUACAAGGACGCCCAGGAUUUACAAAGAGUACAGGGAUUUCAUUAUUACCUCCUACCGUGAGGAUCCGACCCGAAAACUCACUUUCACGGAGGUCCGGAAGUCAUUAGUGGGCGAUAUAAGCGUGCUCCACAAGGUAUUUACUUUUCUAGAGAAGUGGGGUUUGAUCAAUUUUGACCCUAGUAAUACUGAAAUAGCGCCGGCGGUUAUUGGUGCUGCGGAGGAAGAGGAUAAUAAGGAGGAUGAGAAGUGGAGGAUUAGGGUUGAAGAAGGGGCCCCACAUGGGGUUAGGGUUGUGGCAGCUCCUCAUUCUUUGAAGCCCCUUGUGCCGGUUCCGUCUCCGGUGGUCGUCGGGGACGGAGGUGGUGGCAGGGGGAGGAGUGGUGAUGUGGCAGAUAGUGUAGUAAAGGCAUCACCUUUGGCGUCCUAUUCGGAUGUUUAUGGGAAGUCGAUGGAUCCACAAAGGAAGGAAAGUGUAGUGUGUGAUAGUUGCAAAGAACAGUGUGCUUCGGGUCAUUAUGAGUACAUCAAGAAUGCAAGCUAUAAUUUAUGCGAGAAGUGCUUUAAAAGUGGUAAUUAUGACAAGGACAAAUUGGCAGAUGAGUUCAAGUUGAUGGAUGGUGCGAACUCCAAGGCUGUCUGGACUGAAGCAGAAACCUUACUCCUAUUAGAAUCUGUAUUGAAGCAUGGUGAUGACUGGGAUCUUGUUGCUCAAAAUGUCAAAACAAAGAGUAAACUGGAUUGUAUCUCAAAGCUUAUACAGUUGCCUUUCGGGGAUCUUAUGCUUGGUUCUAUUCACAAAAAGAUUAAACAUUUGGACACAAAUGGUGAGGUAAGCAGCGUGGAUCAAGCUCAAGGUGCAAUAAGUGAGUCUGGAGAAACUCCUGGAAAUCAAUCUCAUGAGCAGAACCAGGAGCAUCAACAGAAUGGAGAUGGUGAAGACAAAACCCCUCCUCUCAAGAAAAUACGCAGGGCUCCAAUUGCAGAAGCCAGUAGUUUCCUGAUGAAACAGGUGGCUCGGAUCUCUGGUGCUGUUGGUCCACAUAUCACAGCAUCUGCAGCUGAGGCUGCUGUUACCGCCCUUUGCUACGAGAACCAGUGUUCAACGGACAUUUUUGAUGAAGAUGAUGAUGGAUUGGGAUCAAUUGCUGAUAUCAGUGAGACAGAGAGAGGGAGUCAAGAUGAAAGUGCUAAAGGGGAGGAAAAGUCUGCCAGCUCAGAAACAGAGGUGGCAGUCUCCCAAAGGAAUACUAUACCUCUAACUUUACGCAUGAGGGCCGCAACUGCAACUGCUCUCGGCGCUGCUGCUGCUCAUGCCAAAUUGUUGGCUGAUCAGGAAGAGAGAGAAGUAGAAUAUCAGGUUUCUACUUUAGUCGAAGCACAGGUGAAGAAGUUGCAACGUAAAAUGAAACAUGUCGAAGCUCUGAACCUGAUGAUGGAGAAGCAACAUGCCCAAAUGAAGGAUUUAGAAGAUUCUUUAGUUACGGAAAGAAUGGACAUCUUGCAGAAGAUAUUUAGCGCGGGGGUAUCUAGAUGGAGUGAUCAUGCUUCUGCCAAAUCUCAAAGUAGCAGCAUAGCUUGAUAUUGUAGAGAGACUCCAACAAUUAAUUUCCUUCUUCAGAUAUUCUCCUGAUGAUGAUUGUCAUGUGCCUGAUUAACAAAUAAUAGAUCCAUUUGCUGCUCAAUUGAAGUGUGCUGCUUUUCAUAAAUGUCAAUGUAACUAACUAUAUGCUAACUUCAUUACUGGUUUAAUCAUGGAAAGACUUUUAAAGAACUGCAAAUGUAUUUCAA